GUAAAGCAGAAUUAAGGUAUUAUGAACAGGAUUUUUGAUGGUUGUAUUACUUCUAACAUUUAAUGCUUUGAAUUAAUAGCAUUAAUCAUUGCUUUAUUGGAUUUGAAUAAAUUUAUAUUGGGUUGUAUUAAGCAAUGUAUCCUAUAUACACUGGAUUAGUCAUUUGCCUGUUUUUCAAAAAUGCAUAAGCCAUACUGAGAGCAGAUCUGCAUUUAUUGUGUUGUGUAACUAGCUCUACUUUUACCAAAGGAAAAAAAAAACAACAGCUCUAUUUCAGAUAUUUGAAAACUUUCAGUAUUGUAUUGUUGUUCUUGUUAUUUAUAAUUAUUUAUUACAUAAAGCCAGUGUAUUUGGACACUUUGCACUGGCAUAACUGUCAUCACAGUAUGAUUUUCUUUUAAAAAAUUCCUGAAACGGUUCACCUUAUAUGACCUUUUGUUAUGAAUAGUUAGACUGCAAUCUUUUUUUAUAUUGUCAGCAUUAGAGAUGUUCUUAAUUAUAAUGAUCUAACUGAGCUGUUACAAAUUUGUGUGCCAGUAAGCAUAAAAUGUUUGAAUUGUACUCUUCUCAGUGGCUGAUCUCUGUGUUGGGAUGAGUUGAUGUCUAGUAGGAAUAAACAGGAAAGGCAGUACACUUUUUUGAUCCAAAUAUAUUUUUUAAAAUUCAAACAAAAAUUGUUUCUUUAUUAUACUUGUUCUGAACACCUCCCCUUGUUGUAGUUUUCAGCAGUGAACAAGAGUAUUUCUGCCUGAAUCCUGUGAAACAACACAAUCCUGAGUUUCUAUUUUCUUUCAUUUGAGAUGGAGGGUGGAGGCAAGUGGGAAGAAACUGCCAUACUCAACAAAAUACUUGGAAGCUUUGACGACUCUCUUUGCUUUUCAGUUCAGCAUAUGCUUCAGAAACUUGCUGUGUGUUUAUCACGGGUUCUGCCAACUAGCUCGAGAGGGGACGUACCCAUCCUUUCAUUAGUCAAGCAUAACAUUAUCUUGAACUAAUUAUUCCUCUCCACAUGGCCAUCCUACUGGUGUCAGCUUAUCUUCUGCUGAUUCACGCUCAGGGUGCUCCUGUUGAGAAUGGGGCACUGUUGGAAACACUGAAGUCGCAAGUAGGAUUAUUCAGCAAUAGAAGUGAACACUACACAUCACAGGUGAGACCUCCUGGCACAAGCCGUCAAAUACCUCAGACAAUCAUCAUAGGAGUUCGUAAAGGAGGGACAAGGGCUUUGCUGGAAAUGUUGGAUAUUCAUCCUAAUAUUGUGGUAGCAGCUACAGAAGUCCACUUCUUUGACUGGGAUGAAAAUUAUGUGAAAGGAAUAGACUGGUAUAGAAAUCUAAUGCCAUUUUCUUAUGGAAAUCAGAUUACAAUUGAGAAAACACCAGGCUAUUUUACAUCACCACAGGCUCCAGAAAGAAUUCAUGACAUGAAUAGCUCCAUUAAACUGCUGCUUAUUCUGAGAGAUCCCACUGAGAGAGUUAUAUCUGACUAUACCCAAGUAUAUUACAACAGACUAGAAAGCCACAAACCUGUUCAGCUUUUUGAAGAUAUUGUUAUUAAGAACGGAGCACUUAAUACCAAAUACAAAGCUAUUCAGAGAAGUCUGUAUGAUGUUCAUAUGGAAAAGUGGCUUAAGCAUUUCAGUUUGGAUCAGAUUCACAUAGUGGAUGGCAAUACUUUGAUCAAGGAUCCUCUUCCUGAAUUACAGAAAGUUGAAAGAUUUCUAAAUCUUCCUUCCCGAAUUAUGUCUUCUAAUUUUUAUUUUAACCAAACCAAGGGAUUCUACUGCAUCAGAAGUGAUGGAAGGGAGAGAUGUUUACAUGAAUCCAAAGGGCGCCCUCAUCCUCUUGUUAACAACACUGUUUUAGAGCAACUGCAUUCUUACUUCAAAGAGCACAAUGCAAAAUUUUACAAAAUGGUUAAUCAUUCCUUUGACUGGCAUUAAUACAUUUGGGAUCAAUGUUUCUUAAAAAGGGCCUGAAACAAACUCUUUUCAAAGAUAUCAUUCUAAGCUGUAGAAAUUCAUAUUAUGAGAACUUAAUGUACUGGUUAUAUGCUUCAUUGGAAUAACACAUUUGUUAACUCAUUGAAACACUACUACUUAUGUUGGGGAAAAAUAGGUUCCGCUUAUUUGUAUGACUACUGUCAGGCUUAUGCUGAUCUUCUUUCUCCCAUCAUGCAAAUACAUUAACUUCAGUGGACUUAUUUCAGAUACGUACCUGUUACAAGAUUUGUGCUGUUUUGGAAUAACAACUGCUUCUAAAUGUGUAAAAAAAAUGUAAAUAUUUGAAAUUGUAUUAUUCUAACUGUUCUGUAAUUUUUGUUGUUAGUAUUUUUUUAUAUCAUGCACAAUGAUAGUGGCAUUGAUUUCUAGAAUUUUUCAUACAAUAAAUUAAAUUGUAUGUUAAAACAGGGGCAUACGUAGUGCCUCCAAUAAAUAAUUCAUCCUCUGUUAAUAUGAUAAAGUUCUUAAUUAAUAAUAAAAGGAAUCUAUUUCACCUAUGAUUUCAAAUAGGUGAACUAGAAGCUCCAUGUCUGUAUAUCAUUAGUACCACACUCUCACUAUCUUGGUUUGAGAAAAAUAUCUCCAAACAAAGUAAAAAUAUAAACUGUUUGAAGAAGCUUUAACUGAGAGUUCUGAAUGUAAAGAAAUUAAAAUAUCCCAGAUAACCUCAAUUUUCACUGCUAUUCUGUACACUAAAAAAAAAUGAAAAAAUUAUUAUCAGCAGCUGUACAAAUAUUUAAUUAUAUAAAUUAUGUCACUUUGCUCUUGAAUGGAAAGGCUCUUCAUUAGUACUACCAUAUUAAUCAUGUUUGUAUUCUGUGGCUAGUUAUUCUAUUGCUCUCUUGGCUUUAGUUUACUUAUUUCUGUUGGCACAUUCAUUCUUGUUUAAAAAAAAAAAGUAAUUAGUUGCUUGCCUUCCAAAGCAUGGAGUAUUUUUAUUUUGCCAUUUAUAAUGCAGAUCUAGGGAUAUUCUCAAAGUUAAAAUAACAUAAUUUUAUACUGUAUAUCUCAUAUAUAGUGUUCAAUAUGCUAGAUUAUUCAGAUUAUAUAUAAAAACCACACCCAUUUAUACCCCUGGAUUAGGAGUUUGGGUUUUUAUUUAUUUUAUUUUACAGCAUUGUGCUGGUCUGCUUUCCUUUUCAUGUGAACAUUUUAUUAUAUAUCAAUACCAAAGAAGAAAAUCAACUUGAAAUGUUAAAUAUGGUGCCAGAUAUAACUACAGACGCAGAUGUGCUAGUUUGUAGUUGUAUCUUGCAGUUCAGAAACUCUGGCGCACCUUGUAGUAGAAGCAUUUAUUAGGGACAUUCCUCUUUAAGCUUCUCAGGGCCCACUCUGAGCAUUACAGCAUCAAACUCUGCCUAACCCUGUUGAGGAUCCUGGAUCUGUGUCCCUCUGUCUAAGCCACUGUGCGGCCAAUAUGUUCCUAACAUGGGAUUCAAGUCUUCCACUUCACAGGCUAAAAGGUAUGUAUUGCAGGACUAAUUUUUAGGCUUCUAAUAAUUUAAGAAGUGGUCUGCUUGGUUGUCAGGCAGGUAGCGGUAUUCAACCGGAGCUGGACAGACUCAGACCCAGCCAGACUUCAUGGAAACAGCCUUCAUCAAAUAUUCCCUCAAUAAAUG